AGAUGAUGUGAAGUUAAAAAAAAAACAUUGAAAGCGUCUCUACCAUUCAGAGCAGCUGCAGAAUCAGGGAUUUCUCUUUAACGCUACAAUAAUGAGUGAAUCACUGGCGGUGUGUGAUGUGGACGAGGAUCUGGUGAAGAAGCUGAAGAAGUUUCGUUUCAGGAAGGAGACGAAUAACGCCGCCAUCGUUAUGAAGAUCGAUAAAGACAAGCAGCUGGUCAUUCUUGAAGAAGAGCAUGAGGACAUUUCUCCUGAUGAUCUGAGGGAGGAGGUUCCUGAGAGACAGCCGAGAUUUAUCCUCUACAGUUAUAAAUACGUACACGACGACGGACGCGUCUCCUAUCCUCUCUGCUUCAUCUUCUCCAGCCCAGCAGGUUGCAAACCAGAGCAGCAGAUGAUGUACGCGGGAAGCUUGAACAAACUGGUGCAGACUGUGGAGCUGACCAAGGUGUUUGAGAUCAGGAACACAGAGGACCUGACGGAGGAAUGGCUCAGAGAGAAACUCGGCUUCUUCGGCUAAACUCCUCUCACCGGUGUUCGUGGAUGGGAGGAUGACGCACAACCUCUGGAGGAGAAAACAGUUAAUGUCUCCUCCUCUGCACCAGACCUGAUUCAAAUACUGUUUCCAAAUACCUUCAGUUUUACAGUUUACGGCACACUACAAUUCAGUUUGAACUAAUCCUCUCAAACUGAAAACACUAUUUGACGCAGGUCUGCUUCGCUUUUCAUACAAUCUCUCCAUGUGCCAGUUAUGUGUCUGAAUUAAAUUAACACUCCAAUAGCUCCUAAAAGAUCUGAAAUUAAUCACUAUCAUCCGCCCUUAUUGGCAUGACAUUCAGGAGAAUGUAAAGGCAUUAUAACAACAGAUUUACUUUCUUCCAGUCGUUUAUUCACAGCGUUUCUCUAACUUACUUUUGGAUUCUUUUUCUUUUUCUGGUGUAUUUAGGGUUAUAUAAUGUAACCAACACACUUCCUGCGAGAAGAUAACAUAGAUAAUAGAGUUUUAAGUCGGUCUCCCCUUCAGUAUUAAUUUAAGGGCAUUUCAAUUGUAACUUAGUUAGUUAGUCGACUAAUAACCGAUUAUUCGUGGAGUAACAGGAAACCUCUCAAACAUGGAGAUUUGCUGCUUUUCUCAUUUUUAUAUAAUUAAAUUAAAAAACAAAACAUUUAAAGACAUCACCUCAGACUUUGAGAAACUGGGAUGGACAUUUUUCUGACAUUUUAUACACUCAACAUUAAUCGAUUAAUCUACAGGAUAAUCUGCAGGUUAAUUGAUUUUGAAAAUAAUUGUAAAUCCCCCCCCCCCCCUAAAACUGUCCCAUAACUCUAAGAGCAUUCCUAAAACGUGUGUGUUAUGUGUUGUACCUCCUUCUGUGUUAUCGCGUGGUGCUCAUCACACUGCAGAUCUUCUGUUUAGAGAGAAAACAUGAUGCAUUAUGGGUAAAGCUGUAAUCUGCCUUUGACCUGCAUAUUUCUCACUCCUAAAAAAACAACAUUUCUACUAAAGCAUUCCAGAUUGAACAAUGUAUACACACAACAAACCUCUGUCUAUGACACACACACACACACACACACAGAUUGUUAGCUAAUAUUGUGCAUCAUAGUUAUUGCCGUUAUUGCCGUUAUUAGUGUUUCUGAAUGUUGUUUCUCAUCCUGAUGUGAUUUUGAUCUCUUAGCACAGCGUUGACAAUGUGACUUUAUUGUAGGUAAAGGACGGCAUCGGGGAAAUUUACAUUUUCCAACAGGGUUCGACCAAUAAAGCUUUGUGACGGCUGAUAUUUCUGUUUCUGAAUGUACCCAGCAGCUCCUAUUCUGCGCCAAAAAAAUCUAAUAUUUACAGUCCUGUCUCUUAAGUAUUUUUACAGAAGCAGUAAAUUCGUAUUUAACGAUUUUGUUGACUAAUGGAUUAGUACAUUGAAUUACAAGAUUGCUUAAACUCCACAAAGACUCAUGCAAAAGCUCCUCUAGUGUUGAAGCAUUAAAGAACGAUAAAACAAUCUGUGAAAUGACACAGAAACCAAAAAAUUAGCUGAAUAAACAAAGACUGAAAUUACCUUUUAUUUUUUAUUUUCUAGCUUGAACACAUUUCAAAGCGAAUGCGCUGGAUAACAUAAAUCGUGUCACUUUCCAAACACUUAUGGACUCUAUAUUAUGGACUAUUGUAUGUCAGUUUUUCCUGUGAAGCAGCAUUUUAAACACACUUAAAUGCAUCUAUUAACAGCAGGAAGACUAAACCCAGAUAGUUGAAGCGACAUGAAAUGUACUUAACACAACUGUAUAUUUCUGGUGGUUUUAUGUGAGAGAAACUUCCAUUAUCAAGAUGUAUACAGACAAUAAUUAGCACGAAUGUAUUCCUACAGUGACACUGCUAAGUCUACCAUAACAAGGCCUUUCCUUAAUUUUAGGUGUCGUCCUAAAUACGAAAAUGUAAAAAGGCCAAAAACUAAAUAUGUUUUGUAAAGGAGAAGCAGAAGGUUAUGGGAAAAGCUUUGUUGGGAUAAUUUCGGUAGAGAUUUGACUUAAUGAUAUGUACGCACAAUCACACAUACCCAUAACAAUGGAGUGUAACUGUUAUUUUAUCUGCUGUUUACUGAUGCCAUCAAAGCUUAGAUUUACACUGUCAGCUCAAUAUUAGUCAGUCAUUAGAGUUAGUAUCUUGCUGCUGUAGCAGAAAGUUAGUUUCUGUAGUCGAGCUGAAGUUAUACAACAUCCUUUAAAGGAAUUGAACGUUUUAGCACACUACGACCUGCAAACCCCUUUACAUUUUAUUUGAAAUGUGCAAUCUGCUGAUUUCAAUGUGAAUAUAAAAACCUAUUCUGCUGUUAACGAAACUCUUUGAAAUGUGGAGAGCUACUGUAAAAGAGGUGCAUGCUUUUAAUGUGAAAGGGUUAGAAAGGCUUGAAAAUAAAUUUCACUCAUACAUGCUGCUCUGUUACAUGCAAUUUAAAUGAUUAUGAUCAUUUUAUAAGAUUGAAUUUAUUUGCAUAUAAAUUCCUAAAAAAGGGGGGGAACACCUGCAUCUCAAACAUCUGGUCUCAGCUGUUCUUGGAAUAUUUACAAGCACAUUUUCACAGAAAUGGGUUGAAAUAGACUUCAUUAAAUCACAUUUAAAUACAUUUUUUAAUUUAUUGUCUUUUUGGUUUUGUUCUUGGUUUUGUCCUGUGGAUCUAUAGCUGGCUUCCCUCCUCUGUUGUGACCUGUUGUAUUUUUAACAGUAUUUCCAAAGUGUUGUUCAGCUCUUGGUGUCUUCUCUGAUGAAAUGCUUACUUAUUUUUCUUUCCUUUUGUAAUAAAAAACACACCUGAGAUGUAUCAUUACCAGCUGCCUCAUGGCAUCAGUGAAACUUGACAUAUUUGUAUUUUCCAUACUUGAUAAAGUGUCUAUUGUCCUGUUGUCCAAAUAAAAUGACAGUGAUGUUUA